UAGUUGGAGGCCGCUGAUAUAAAAUAAUUACUUUGUUUUUACCCCACACUUUUAUUUUGUGAGCAGUUACAACUUCCGCUUGUUCGCGUCCACGUGUCACGUGACUCCAGUUCCCCUGGAUACGGGAAAGCGUCUAGCUGCGAGGAAAGGAUGGAUGUGUAGUAGUUCAAGGGACGUUUCAGUGCGGUGUUUUAUACAGUUAGAACGUCAAACUAUCAUGGCCAUUUGUCGGGGAAGCGUCUCUGUCGUCCCAACAACGACUUUAUCAACUUUUAAUACCUCCAACUUUAUGUUUUAGCCGCGCCGCUCUGCUGAUCUUUCUUAGCAUGGACGAUAAGGAUUAGUUAGCCUCAGCAUCACCCCAGUGACCACACCUCCUGGUGACAGUGUGGCUGCAGGUUUCUGAGCAAACAUGGGGAAGCUGCAGAGCAAGUUUCGCAAGAGGUCUGAGCUGUACAGAUCACCUCAAGGGGAGAAGGCUGAGAACACCUUUGACAGUCAGGUGUUACAGUAUGAACCUGCCCACUAUGGAUCCAUCAACACUGUGACCAAUCUCAGCCCAGACCUGUGUGUUUCUGGUGGCAGUGACCAGGCCGUUGUGGUGUACGACUGGAAACAAGGCCAGAUGUGUCAGUCCUUCCAGGGUCACAACAGAGAGGUUACCAAGGUGCUUUGUUAUCCCGGCAGUACAUGGAUCUUUAGUGCCUCGCGGGACAAAACCGUUCUCAUGUGGGACCUGAACCAGGGAGACGAACCGAUUCAGGAGUUUUGUGGACAUGAGCUGGUUGUCAAUGGAAUCGCUAUCAGCCCUGAUGGAAGAAAACUUUGCACUGGCUCUCGGGACAACUGGAUGUGCCUGUGGGAUAUAGAAUCUGCAAAGUGUGAACACAGACAUAACAUCUCGAGAAACCUGGUGACUCAUGUAUGUUGGGUGCCAGCUAGCUUUUCUGUAGUCCAGACCUCAGAGGAUAAAACUAUAAGGGUGUGGGAUAGCCGUUCGUGGCAGGUGACCAACACCUUUCCAGCUAAGCAGUAUAUACAGACUCACUGUGAUGUCUCUCCAAAUGGGAACUACUUGGUGUCCAGCAGCAACGGCUUUGGAGGCCAGGGUUGUGAAGCCACGCUCUGGGACUUGCGUCAGCCUGGCUGUAAAGUUGUGGAGUACAGAGGUCACCUGCAGACCACAGCCUGCUGCACAUUUCUACCUGUGUUUUCUGGUGGCUCGGCUCAGAUAGCAACAUCCUCCCACGACUGUUCGGUCAAAAUCUGGGAUCAGAAUACAGCAGUCUGUUUAGGGACAUUGUCCGUGGAUGGUGCUGGUCCUCUGGUUUCUUUGACUCCCACCGAUACCAACAGUUUGCUGUGUGCCAGCUUCAACGCCGGUCUCCAACAUAUCCAGCUGGACCAAGGGUCCCUCCAGGCGCAGGGUUCUGGUGCUAGUUCAGGUGGUGCUGGAAGUCUGAAUAUGAGAGUUGUGGCACGAUUCUGACAGCACCAAAGCAUAUAAUGGGACUUAAAUGGACAUCAAGGCAUUCAGAGAGCAGUAACGACAUACUUCCUUUUUAAAAACCUUUUUUAUGUCAUCAUUUAAUGAUUUUACCGGCAUUUGUGCUUUACCAACCUGCCAUACCAAGAAAAUGCCAGAAGAGCGAUGGAUGGGAAAGGUGAGCAAGUGAUGUGUGAAGUCUGUAGUUUAAAUCUACAGUGCAGUGCAAAAAUGAUCAACUACUUUACAACAACUAGUCGUUGUAAAGUUGUCACUUUACAGCUACAAACCGUAGUGUGUUUUAUUGGGAUUUUACUUAAUAAGGUGACACAACAAAGUUUUGUUAAAGUUAGUCAUUUCAGUUUAUUUGAGAAAAAUACUUUUAUUAUGUUUGUAUUAUUUGUUUGUGUCGAAAUGUUAGAACUAGAGAAUAUUGAAAAUGCCAGCUCAUAUGAACUUAUUUUGUUCUUGUAUAGAAAAGGUUUCCUGUUGAUACAGAUUCUUAGAUUUUUACUUUAAGAUGCGCAUAGUUAUUAGCCAUAACAUUUGAAUUUUUAAGCAACUAUGCAAAAUACCAGUAACUGACUUUUUUUUGAUCAACUGAACAUGAAGGGAAAAUGUGCAAGUAUAAAAAUGAAGAUGUUGUACAGUCUUUUCAGAUGCUUGCUUCACAUAUUCGUUAUUAGAAAUCUAAAGCCUAUUAGACCAGGCAUGCAGUAAAUUAAUUUAAACUUCUCUCAUGUUUGAACUGUACACCUGAUCCUCCUACUAAUGCCAUCUUAAACAGGUGAAACAAACUUGUUGCACCAACAUAACCAGGUGGAGAAACUGAGGAAGCAGCAAGAAAACUCUGCAUGUCUUUGUCUAAAGCCGCAGCAAUCAGAGAAGCUUCCGACUUCUAAUUAUUUCUCAGGGAUUAGAAAUAAUAACCGUAUUAGAAUUUACUGAUUUUUUUUGUUAGUUCGCUCACUUGCCAGUUUAAGCAUCACAUUGAUUUUGUUUGUACUAAUUCUUAAAUCACUCACUGAUUUUGUGUUUGAUACCAGCUGGUAAAAAUAAAAUCAACUUAUAAAGAUAAUUAUUUGUAAAAUGUAUUUCAUGUCAACUUGUUUUUUUGCCAUUGUAAUUUUACUUUUAUUACAACAAUUUUUCAACAAAUGUUCUGUAGACACCUGCUAGAAACUUGUAACCAUCUAGUUAUUUUGAUUUUUGGUUUCACUUUUGUUGAGCGCUUUGCAUCAUGUAAUAUGUCAGUCACAAUAACCACAUUUUCUUCAAUCUGUGGAACCUUUCAACGCAAAUAUCAAUUUUGUCGCACUAACACAUUAUGUAUUAUCGCCCCCUACUGUCAGAAAAAUGUAAUAUCUUAAAACCACCUUUGGUAUUAUAACUAUGCAGGAGCAUCUCAAUAAACUAGAAUUUUGUAAACAG